AUGUACAAGAAAAAGAAAGAAGAUCAUCAGGGCGCGUGCGGAGAAGAAGUAGAUCGAGCUCGAAAUCAAAGAAGGAAUCUAGAGAGGAAUCAGUUUCAAGAGAACGUUCUAGACGUAGAUCUAGAUCAAGAGGGAAGAAGAGACAUUCCACAGAUAAUUCUAGAUCACAGUCCCGCGGUCGAGAUAGAUCUAGAUCUAGGUCAAGACGGUCUCGGUCAAGAGACAGCACGAAGAGAAGACGAAGAUCGCGUUCCAAAGUCAGACAGAAUUCUGAUGAUAAAUUUAAACAUCGAUCAAAAUCACAAGAAACGAUGGCCAAAAAUAAAAACGAUUCAACAGAUUCAGAUUCAAUCGAGAGACCCAAAUCUGCUAUGA